GCAUUGACUUUCGUAGAUCAUCCGUUGAUUUCACUUGGGACAUGCAUAAGAUACGGUCUAGGCGCAGAGCGUGCACAGUGUAUCAUCGACCUCUAUCACUUGUAACUUAUCCCUCUUGCUUGAUAGCUAACAAAAGCGAGGUGCGAAAAUGGAGGUCGCCACUGAUUCGACCGGCGUCGCUCCAUCGACCUACAAUCGCAACCAAGAGCUAAAAGACUUCGACGAAACGAAAUCAGGUGUGAAAGGCCUCUCUGAUUCCGGCCUCCCCAAAAUCCCGAGAAUCUUUGUCCGGCCAGCUGAAGAGAUCGCCUGUGACCAUUCCAAAUCUGGGGCCGCCAGGAUCCAAAUCCCCAUCAUCGACCUGAAGAACCUCGCCACGGAUCGGCCAGGGACGGUGGAGCAAGUCCUGGAGGCAGCGCGUGAGGUCGGCUUCUUUCAGGUGGUGAACCAUGGGGUGCCGCAGAGCAUAUUGGAAGGGGCGUUCGAUGCGGCACGUUCCUUCCACGAGCUGCCGAAGGAGGUGAAGGCCGAGUACUAUGGUCGGGAUGGCAAGAGGAGGGUGAAUUUCUCGUGCAAUUUUGACCUGUACAAGACGACGUAUGCGACAUGGAGGGACACUUUAUUCUGCCUCAUGGAACCCGAGCCGCUUGAUCCUGAGGAGUUGCCUCUUGUUUGCAGAGACGCGAUAAUGGAAUACUCUAAGCAAGUGAAGGCAGUAGGGAUUGCUCUGCUCGAAUUGCUAUCGGAAGCGCUUGGCCUCAAGCCGGACUACCUCGUCAACAUGGACUCUGCUAAAGGGCAUGCUCUUCUCUAUCACUACUACCCAGCUUGCCCCGAGCCCGAUCUGACUUUGGGCACUGCCAGUCAUUCAGAUCCCGAUUUUUUCACGAUCCUUCUACAAGACGACAUCGGCGGGCUUCAAGUUUAUUACCAGGAUCAAUGGGUUGAUGUCCCUACGGUCGCAGGCGCUCUAGUUGUCAACAUUGGAGAUCUACUCCAGCUUAUGUCGAACGACAUUUUCAAGAGUGUCGAGCACCGAGUGCUGUCGAAAGAUGUUGGCCCGAGGUUAUCCAUCGCCUGCUUCUUUACUCUUUAUGAAGAUCCAAAGUCGAAGAUAUACGGGCCGAUAAAGGAGCUAUUGUCGGAAGAUAGGCCGGCUUUGUACCGUGAAAUCACCCUGGGAGAGUUCAUGACGCACUAUUACUCGAAGGGGCUCGAUGGCACAUCGGCUCUUGCACCGUUCAGAUUGCCAAGCUAGACAUUGCAAUGUAAGAUUAGAUUGGUUCUAAAAUUUUAUGUGAUAACUUGUGGAUUGUUAAGAUGCAUAUGUGUAUGAGUUAUAUUAGAAAAAUCUCGCAUCCAAAAAGUUGAUAUAGUGUAGAGCAACUAAUAUAUUCUAGUUGGUCUAUAACU